AUGAAAGCGCAUGAUGUCAAACAAGUGUCUCAGACCAGUACAUCUUUGCUUGCUCAGACGUCCCCUGUUUGGCUCUCUGACGUCCAUGGCCCCCUAGACGACAGUGUUGUCAAAACUUACCCUCGUGACGAAGACAUCAAGGCUGGAUCUCUUCCGGAGCAUUCAUCCAUCCAACUCUUGAACGGGUACCCGGAACCAGAUAAGCAACCCUCUGCUGAUCACCCUGAGGUUCAGGCCGUGUUAGACCAUCUUGAUCUCUCGAUGAUCCCCAACAUAGAGCCAAGAAAGGUCAGGGACUGGACGCUGGACACCUCAAUGUAUGAUGUGGCCCAGGAUCCCGAUUGCUGGUGGUCUGCUUCACUCUGUAUGAAACCCAAGGCCAAUUAUAUUCCCGAAGAUAUCUACAUGUGUCCCAACAAGGGUGAUUGGGGUCUUAACUUUGAUGAUGGUCCUUACAAGGCAUGGUGGCCUGAGUCUGAGAAGGAUAAAAAGUACGAUCAGCCCAGAUUAUAUAACUUCCUUGUCAACCAUGGCAAGCAAAAGGCAACUCUUUUUUUCGUCGGAUCCAAUGUUGUUAAAUUUCCAGAAGCAGCCAUCAGGGCACUCAAUGAUGGUCAUGUUAUCUGCUCCCAUACUUGGUCUCAUCCACAGAUGACAACCUUGACAAACGAACAAGUGGUCGCCCAACUUUACUGGACACAAAAGGCAAUCAAGCAAACACUUGGCAUCACACCUAGGUGCUGGCGACCUCCCUAUGGUGAUGUGGAUGAUAGAGUUCGUGCUAUUGCUUGGCAGAUGGGAAUGCGUACCAUUUUAUGGGAUCAAGAUUCGAAUGAUUGGAACUUGGUUGGCGGUAAAAUCAGGGCAAAGGCUAUCGAUGGGUACUUUCAAACCUGGAUCAAUGCAAGAAAGAAUGGCACUGAUGACGAACAUGGACAUAUCACACUCCAACACGAGAAUAGUAAUGCAACUAUUCAUUUGUCCGAGAAAUGGUUACCAAAAGUCCAAAAGUCGUUCCGAGUGAUGCCAAUUCAUCAAUGUCUCAAUGAUCCACACCCAUACUGGGAAAAGAACUGGAUCUAUCCCACACUAGAUGACCCUAAUCCUCCAAGAGCAGCUAUGUCAGAUAAAGAAAGUAAUGUACAUGGCGCCAAUGUUAUUGGCAACGCAAAUGAUGCUACAAGUACCUUAUUCUCUUCCCUUAAAACAUCUUUAUACACCACCAUGUUUUCAAGUCUGUUACUUUUCUUGUUCCUCUUGCAGUAG